UCUUUUCGCCCGGCCGGUCAAGGAGCGAGGCAGAACCGCCGAAAAAGCCGCCGCCUAGUUGGGUGGCAGGGAAGCUCCGCCGGCGCAGGAACGACCGAGCCCUCUCGGCGCCUUCCUCUCGGCGGUUCCUGCCGGCCGCUUCUUCCCUGAGGUAACCGGUGACGGAGGCCGGUAAAAGGAACCGGAGCAGGGGGCGGGGCUCCUUGGCAUUUUCUGAGCUCUCUUGUUUGUCAUUCUUCUGGUUGCCAGAAAGAUGGAAAGGAGCAGCAUCCUCGCUCGGUAAACGUGCUGGCCGGCUAGCAUUCUGGACCAUGGACUUACUGAGACACCUUCAGGUGUGAAGAUGUCACGCAAUAACAGGGCGCUCGUGGUAGACUUUGUUUCCUACAAGCUGUCAGAGAGGGGCCACAGCUGGGAUGAGCUGGAGGAGGACAGCGAGAACAGGACUGAGUUGAGAGACGAGUUGGACAGCGUCCCCAAUGGGAGUCCGUCUUGGCAUCCAAGUAGCAGCCCGGUCGUAAAUGGCGCUACUGGACACCCAAGCAUCCUCAGUGAUCUUGAAGACAGCCCAAGGUUGGACGUGAGGCAGACUCUAAGAGAGGCAGGCGAUGAGUUUGAACUGAGGUACCGGAGAGCUUUCAGUGACCUCACAUCCCAGCUCCACAUCACCCCUGGCACAGCAUACCAGAGCUUUGAGCAGGUGGUGAAUGAACUUUUCCGGGACGGGGUGAACUGGGGGAGGAUUGUGGCAUUUUUCUCCUUCGGAGGGGCCCUGUGCGUGGAGAGCGUCGACAAGGAGAUGAGAGUGCUGGUGGGACGGAUUGUCAGCUGGAUGACCACUUACCUGACGGACCACCUGGACCCAUGGAUCCAAGAAAAUGGCGGCUGGGAGAGGUUUGUGGACCUCUACGGGAACGACGCCGCGGCCAAGAGCAGGAAAGGCCAGGAACGCUUCAACAAGUGGCUGUGGACGGGGGCCACCGUGGCCGGGGUCGUCCUCCUCGGCUCCCUCCUGAGCCGCAAAUAGCCAGAGACAGACUCUCCGCCGCCGCUGCCACCCACCUCGGCCUGCGCCCCGUCGUCGAGGGACACGCUGCGUCCUGUCCCUCAGCCUUGCGAUCAUUCCAGGGGGGGUGGAGACGGGGGGUGGGCCUCCGUGUAGCAAACCCCCCACUCUGACCCCAGGUGUCAUCCUCUCCCUCCCCCCAACAACUCACAGACCUCUUUCUGGUGCCUCCUGCCCCACAGACACCUCCAACCCCAGGUUACUGUUCCAAUGCGUAGGGACCUGGAUCCCUCCCCACCUCACCUUUGGGUGCUGUGCCUCCAGCCCCCCCCCCCCCAAGAGCGGGCUUCCCCUGCUCCUUUUAAUCACUUUUACUCACAUUCCUGGUAUUUCGUUUGGUGGUUGAUUAUUAUUAUUUUUAAAAGCCCCCCUAAGGCAGACCUGGCUCUUGUUUGGUUUACUUCCAGGAAGUGUGUGUGCGCGUGUGCGUGUGUGCGUGCGUGUUCUGCCACGUGGGUCGUUUUGGGUUAGCGAGCUCUAGCGCUGCAGAUGCCUUCCGAGGUCAGCAAGUCCAAUGGAGAGAGACUCCUUUUGUGCUGACCUGCGUGGGGGCCACCUGCAUGUAGGAGUGAAUUGAGGGUUCCCCUCCCAUGACCAAAGAGGGGACCCUGCAGUGAGCGUAGGAGAAGGCGGUGCCCCCUCUGAGGGACCCCUUUGUUCUGUGGGGCAGUGCUUGGCUGGGCAGGAGGAAGGAUGAGGCAGGUGCAUGGGAGCCUGGAAUGGGAACAGUCAAAAGGCAGGAUCCACUAUAAACCUCUUAUUCCCCACCUGCCCACCUGCCCUUAUUCCCAGUGGAUGGUCAAGAGGGGUCUCAAUGUUGCCGCGGGUCUCGGGUCCAUCCCUUUUAAGCUAAGGGAGUCUCCAGAGCCCUGUGCUAAUCCUCAGCACCCCACAGGAUGCAGGCCAGUGUUUGCUUUGCACACCUGAAGGAAAUGGAGGCCAGUCAUGUGCGGGGGGCGGACAAUCCUCUUUCUUUGGAAGGAGCUUUCGGCAGUGAGGGCUGCAGUCCAUAGCACUCCCUUUAGACUCCCAUGCCCUCAGCUAAUGACCCCUAUCCCCUUCUGUCCUGCUCGACCUUCUGGGGUGAAAGGGGCGGCUGAUAGUCCCCAAUGUGGCCGGGGUGUGUGCGGUGGCACUGGCCUCUUGGGCACGGUCCUGGCCCAUGUCUCCAUUUCCCUGGCCCUGGCCCCCUCUCUCGAAAGAGACGCCUCCCCCUCCCUUCCUCUGCAAUGAGAAGAAGCCCAUCCUCUCUGCCGGUUACAAGGAAAGAGCAGGCGCAAGAUGGCGGGGGGAGAGAGAGAGAGAGACCGGCUGCCAGGAGGGAAGACGAGAGUCCGUUAGCUGGAGCAGCCUCUGGAAGGUGUUUAUGAUCAGCGGCUAAUUGCUAGGCUGGCUCUCCGGGGACUCUCCCUGGCGGCAGCCCAGAGAACUUCCAGUAAGAUCGAAAAUCAACAGCGUGUGCCGGACCAGGCUGUGCAGAGAGUGUUUUUGAUGGGAAGAGGUGGUUUGUGUCUGUCUGUCGGUGUGUGUUUGUGUUUGCCUGCCUGCCUGCCUGCCUGCCUGGGCGUGCGUCCGCUUUCCCAAGGCUCUGCAGAGAGUGGCAGAAAUUGCUUCUCCCACCCACUGCCUGCCACCCUAGAUUUAGCUGGUGUGUGUGUGUGUGCGCGCGCGCACGCCAGCACUUUCUCUUCUCCCUCCCUGCAAGUGGGAGAGCUGUGUGGGUGGGGGGCAGAGGCUGGUCUAGCACAGUGGGCUUUCUUAGAGGGGGGGAGUGGAUAUUCUAGAUGCAGGGCAGCCCCAGGCACAAGGCUGGGCCUUGCCUGAUGGCGCCACCUCAGUGCUUUACGUUCAUCGCCCACCCCUCUCCUAGCUGGGGCCCUGGUCCGCAGGGUCGAAGGGGGCAGAUGGGGCACGGGGUGGGGCUCGGGUGUUCAAAGCCAGCCCUGUUCGGAAGCCACUUCUGCAGGCCACUCAGAAAUGGCCACAGGGAGAGGAAAGAAAGUGAUGUUUCAUUUGAGGGGGGGGGGAGUCUGCAUCUCUCUUGGUCUCUGCAGCAGCCAAGGGAAUUGGGGAGGGGUGGGCUUGGUUGGGGGGGUAUGCGCAAUUGCGGAGGGCCAGGUUAGCCACCCCUUUCCAUUGCCCUCCCAAAGCAGCAGCAGUGCGACGGUAGGCCCACCCUUCCCGUGCUCCCAUUCCUGGUUCUGACUCGGGGGGGGGGAGUGGGGUGGCGGCCCCUCGCAAAGUGCUCGGUCCCUCCCUCUGUGGGUUGCACCAUUUUGAGCCCCUUGGGUUGCCCUAACGUCAAGUCCACUUAUGACAUAACCUCACAAUGCCCGCCUGUCCUGUCCGAAUCCCUUGUGCGGCUUGCCUGCCCCCGUUCCCCGCCACCCUGUACAUGCUCGGCUGUAUAUAUCGGAGAGUAGUUUUUAUUCAGUUGUGAAUACAAUAAUACUAUUUUUGUUAACUGUAUGUCUGUAUUUAUGUGUGUUGACUGUGCUCUUCCCCUCCUCCCAGUUAACCUCAUUUUUCACAAACCGGCCAACGAGGACGGGACGUGGCGGGGGCUGGGCAAGGGAGCGCAGGGGGGGCCCCCACGUGGCAAUGGGAGCCUCCCCCCCACCUCGCCCUCUCUGGCCCCUUUGAAUUAAAGCGUGAAUGUUGAACCUGGAGCUCGCCCGCCCAUCCCUCUUGUGUUCAGGCCCCACCUGCACCCCCUAUUAGGAGAAAGAGUUUGAUUUGAAGAUGAAAUUUCAGUUCCACCAAUAAAGCUGUGGUGUUUGAAUUA